AUGGGAACGUGCACGUCAAGGUCGCCGGGUUUGAGCGGCUGGGCAUGCAUCAUCACAAACGGCGCAAAGUCAUCUGCUAAUGGCAACGCAGCCGGUGGGGACGACGGCAACUGCAUCUGGUACGCGUGUUCUCAAGGAGAUCCGCGACACGCACAUGGAGGUGGACGUGUACAGCUUCGUGAUGAUCUGCUUCGAGCUGCUGACGGGGGCAAGGUCCCAUUCGAGGACAACCACUUGAAGGGAGACAAGAAAGACGAGCAAGAACGUCCACGCUGGCGAGUGGCCGCUUUGUUCCUGUUCUCGACGCAGUACCUGGUCGCCAUGACGAAGCGGUGCUGGCACGCCGACCCAGCGCAACACCCGUCGUUCGCCACUUCGCCUCCAUUUGCUGCGUCCUUCGAUCUUAGAAGAGUCAGGAGACAACUGGAAGUCAACAUACAGAAUUUCUUGGGCCUCUACUGGCUCCGGCAAUGCGUCCUCGUCCCCAGUGAACGCUCACCACGACCUGCUCCUCGGCGGGCUUCCUCGCCAGACUUCGACGCAGCGACGUGCCUCAGCCGGUACGAGGCGUCCAAGCGAUGGAAGACGCCGCCGCCGUUCCCGGUCUCCCCUUACCUCGUCCAGAAGCUGAGGCAGUACGAGUCGAACCAUCGGCGGUGCGGACCGGGCACCGCGAACUACCGCGAGGCCAUGGCGCAGCUCACGUCCGGCCGCAACGGCGACCUCGCCGAAUGCAGGUACGUGGUGUGGUUCCCCAUCCAGGGCCUGGGCAACCGGAUGCUCAGCGUCGUCUCGACCUUCCUCUACGCGCUGCUCACCGGCCGCGUCCUCCUCGUUCACGAACCCCCCGAGAUGGAGGGGCUCUUCUGCGAGCCGUUCCCGGGGACCUCGUGGAUCCUGCCGCCGGACUUCCCCUACAAGGACGGCUUCUGGGUCGGCUCAAAUGACAGCUAUCUGCGCAUGCUUGAGAACAACGUCGUCCGCUACGACGGCGGUGGCGGCGGCGACGCCAGCGCGCUGCCGCCCUACGUCUACUUCCACCUGGAGCAGACACAGCUCCGGCUCCAGAAUCACACGUUCUGCGAGGAGGACCACCGCGUGCUCGACAGGUUCAACUGGAUGGUGCUCCGGUCAGACAGCUACUUCGCCGUGGCGUUGUUCCUCAUGCCCAUGUACCGGGCCGAGCUGGAUCUGAUGUUCCCGGCGAAGGCGUCCGUGUUCCACCACCUCGGCAGGUAUCUCCUCCACCCGGGGAACCGAGCGUGGGGGAUUGUGGAGAGGUUCUACGACGGGUACCUCGCCGGCGCCGACGAGCGUCUCGGCAUACAGGUCCGCCUCGCGCCGUUCCUUCCGCUCACGUUUGAGAUCAUGUACGAGCAGAUCAUUCGAUGCACGCGGGAGCACGACCUCCUGCCACAAGUGACCGACACCAGCGAGCCGGGUGCCCGGCCGUCCAAAGGCACGGCGGCCAAGGUGAAGGCCGUGCUGGUGGUUUCCCUGAAGCCGGAGUACUACGACAAGCUGCACAGCGUGUACUACACCAACGCGACGGCGACCGGCGAGGUGGUCACGGUGUACCAGCCGAGCCACGACCAGGACCAGCACUCGGAGGCGCGGGCGCACAACGAGCGCGCCCUGGCCGAGAUCUUCCUGCUCAGCUACUCCGACAGGUUGGUGACCACGGGGUUCUCGACGUUCGGCUACGUCGCGCACUCGCUGGCUGGGCAGCGACCUUGGCUGCUGAUGCUGCCGGACCGGACUACUAAGAGGGCCGCCGUGGCUUGCGUGAGGUCAACGUCGGUGGAGCCAUGCCUGCACUCGCCGCCGUCGCUCGUCUGCCGGGCGGCACAGGAUCUUGACCCGGUGGCGCAUCUGCCCUUCAUGCGACACUGCGAAGAUGUGGACGCCGGCGGUGGCCUCAAGCUGUUCGAUUGA